AUGCAGCAGCGGGACCAGCCGCGUCGUGUUGGGGCAGAACUAUAUCCAAGAAGGUCCUGGGGCACAUGUCGACGUGCUAUCAGCAGUAUCACCCGCACCAGAUUACUGCUGAGUGGUGAUGUAGAGGAAAAUCCCAGCCCUUCACUGCGAGGUUUGCAGUGGAACUCAGCCGGACUUACCCAGCUCAUUGGUGCAGAUGCUAAUGCGCAUGCAUUGGCAUGGAAUCGCGCGAUCCCUCCUGAUACCCGUGAUUGUCACAACGUUACCUCGUCCCACAGUAUCUACAGCAAAACCUCACCCGUAUGCCUGCAAUAUGUGUAA